AUGCCUUUCUUAUGUCGUAUAUAUAGAGAAACUAAUUCCAUUAUACACGAUUGACAAUGCUAAUUUUCUUCAUCGUCGUACCUUGUGGAUAUUAAAGGUUGUCAAAAUUCCCUCUGGUCUGGUGGUGUCUUCUUUUCUUUCCAAGAACCUGGAUUUUCUCCUACAAAACUAAUUUUGAAAAGCUAAAAUGGUUGAGGGCGGAAUUUCAAAAGCAGAUAAAACAGAAUUCACAGAAUGCUGGCGGACGUCAUGGAAGACACCAUACAUCAUGAGACUGGCCUUAUCAGCAGGCAUUGGAGGGCUCCUGUUUGGCUACGACACAGGAAACCAUAGUAAGCAUGGCUGUAGCAGGAGCCAUCAUCGGUGCUGCAUUUGGUGGAUGGAUUAAUGACAGGUUUGGUCGGAAGAUAUCAAUUUUAGUCGCUGAUUUCCUAUUCUUCGUUGGCGCAACAGUUAUGGCAGUUUCACCAGCUCCAUGGAUGCUUAUUAUUGGAAGAAUACUUGUGGGUUUAGGGGUUGGAAUGGCAUCCAUGACAGCGCCUCUCUACAUUUCAGAAGCUUCGCCUCAUAGAAUUAGAGGUGCACUUGUGAGCACUAAUGGUUUGCUAAUCACAGGAGGCCAGUUUCUGUCAUAUCUUAUCAAUCUAGCUUUCACACAAGUCCAUGGAACCUGGCGUUGGAUGCUUGGUGUUGCAGGAAUUCCAGCCCUCGUUCAAUUUGUACUGAUGAUGUCCCUCCCCGAGUCUCCUAGAUGGCUUUACCGAAAGGGUAAGAUUGAUGAGGCCAGGUCCAUAUUGGGGAAAAUCUAUCCUGAUGAAGAAGUUGAAGACGAAAUGCAAGCCCUGAACAAAUCAAUUGAAGAAGAAAAGGCCGAGGAAGGUUCCAUUGGAGAAGGUGGUAUGAUUGAAAAACUAAGGAAAGCUUGGAGCAAUGAUGUAGUUCGGAGAGGGCUCUACGCUGGUAUUGCUGUUCAAGUGGCUCAACAAUUUGUUGGUAUAAACACUGUCAUGUAUUAUAGUCCAACCAUUAUCCAAUUUGCUGGAAUUGCUUCAAACCAGACAGCUUUAGCACUCUCUCUUGUCACUUCUGGUCUUAAUGCUAUUGGCUCUAUCGUUAGUAUGUGUUUUGUAGAUAGAUAUGGGAGGAGGAGAUUGAUGAUUAUCUCUAUGUUUGGGAUAAUCUGUUGCCUUGUGGUGUUAGCUGGGGUGUUUUACCAAGCAUCCACCACGGCCCCGGGUAUCAGUAAAAUUGAAUCCGCCCACUUUGGUGCCAACUCUACAUGUUCGGCUUAUGUGCAGGCUCCAGAUGCAUCAUCUUGGAAUUGCAUGACAUGCUUGCAGAAAGCAACAGAUUGUGCAUAUUGUUCAAAUGGAGACAACCGAUUUGCUGCCGGAGCAUGUGUGGCUGCAACCGACAUUUUGAAAGGUGCAUGCAAAGCUGAGAGUCGUACGUGGUACAGGAAAGGUUGUCCAAGCAAAGUAGGAUUUCUGGCAAUUAUACUAUUGGGAUUGUAUAUCAUAAUGUACUCACCAGGAAUGGGAACUGUGCCAUGGAUUGUGAACUCAGAAAUAUACCCAUUGAGAUACAGAGGCAUUGGUGGAGGAAUUGCUGCUGUUUCAAACUGGACCUCAAAUCUUAUAGUGAGCGAGACAUUCUUGACAUUGACUGAGGCUCUUGGCUCAGCGGGCACAUUCCUGCUGUUUGCUGUGUUUUCCUUCCUUGGACUAUUGGCCAUUUACUUCCUUGUGCCAGAAACCAAAGGACUGCAAUUUGAGGAGGUUGAGAAGUUGUUGCAGAAUGGGUAUUCACCAUUUAUUAAGAAUAAGCAAGGUUCCAAAGAUGGUGAUUCUUCUUAAGCACGGAUCGGUUGUUCGAUGCAGGAACACACGAUUGUCAAGUGGUUUGGCAAUUUAGCUGGUCACAGUAAUCAAAAAUCUUUGUAUGCUUACAUGUUUGUGACUGCACUGUGAUGAUUCAG